GUGAUCACGACCAUGGGUUGGACGACUGUGCACGACUGAGAGAGCGGAGACCCCUGCACGACCACACCUCGCACCCCUCACAACGCUGCUCGCACCAUGUCAACCCACGCUAGCCUCUCAGAUGCUUUGGUGACGUCAGUUCUGCUACUCCCGGUCAUCCUGGGCUUCAUCACCACUCCAGAUCCAGCCACCUCACAAUGCAGGCUCUCCGAGUUCCCUUGCACAAACAAACGAUGUGUCCCGCUUUCCUACUUCUGCAAUUCGGUCGACGAUUGCGGUGACUCAUCAGACGAACCACGCUUCUGCACACCUUGUAAUCGAACCUACUUCGGCGAUCUUGGCAAGACUUACGAGCUGGAAUUACAUCGACCUCGAGAGGAUAGACUACCCUUCGUCUGCCACUUGACCCUGACCGCCGGUUCUGGCGACUUAGGGGAUAUUGUUCAGGUGACUUUCGAGAGCUUCACGCUCGGCCGAUUCACGUCCUUCCUGACGGGCGGAUGUCCUGACGGGGACAUGCAGCUCUGGGAGUGGGACAGGCCGCGGAUCGGGGGUGCCUGGUGCGGUACCUCCUGGGGACCCUCGGUCUACUACAGCGAGACUCGCUCUGUCACGGUGUCCCUCACCCUCAGGCGCAUCUCCAAGGAUCAGGACGGGCACAACUUUGACUUCCGCAUCAGCUACAAGACCCUGCCCAAGCACGCGUCUAUCGUCAGAUAUGGUGGCCUUAGGCUCCUCCCUCAACCGCACUUUCGGAUGAUCCCUAUUGUAAGGAUAAUUCCCAUGAAUGUCUCCCUGGUACCGACCGUGACUCCACAGCACUACCUGGGAGACCUCAUCGGUGGCACCUUCUGUUCCCGGGUUUUCACCGACUGUAACCGCAAGGACUGCCGCCUCCAGAGUCCCAACUACCCGGGAGUCUACCCGCGUAACCUCACCUGCUACUACGCGAUCCGCCAGCAGGAGGUGCCACCCGGGAAGUACGCCCUUAUCUCCGUACGGCAACCCAAGGGCCAACUGGUGAACAUCAGGAGUCAGGCGGCCCUCUACGCCCGCGCCAACCAACAGCCCAACCAGAGCCGCCAACUCAAGGUAUGGAAGGAUUGCGAUGAGGUCCAAGACUAUGUGACAGUCUACGAUGGAUAUACCACAAGAGAUCCUGUCCUCCUCAAAUUUUGUGGCGGGGGCGUCGCCGUUCCCGAGGCCAUUUCGAGUACUCACGAACUCCUGGUCGAGUUCUCCACAUCGCCAUACGGCACGUUCCUUUAUCCAUCCCCACCUAUGCCCCUCCAUGGCUUUCAGCUCCAGGUUCAGGUAAAAUUUGUGGACAAGGAGUCACCCAAAUAUUCUCGCAACAAGAGGUGCGAGUUUUGGCUUAAAGGUGCAGGAAAGGGGGUGUUGGAAAGUCCACGCCACUCCCUAUCAGCAAAUACCACCUGCCUGUACCACCUUCAGGGUAUGGAACCAGGCACGCCUCCCCCACCACGCCACCUAGAGAUGUCGCGCAGGCGCACUCAGGCCCUCGUCCCUUCCCGCUUCAAGGUGUGGCUGGCAGUGCUCAAGUACCAUGUCACCAGCAAUGACGAGCAACAGUGCUCUACGCGUCUGCAGGUCUGGGACGGUAACAUCCGAGCUGCACCUUCCUGUAACGAGAUUUACUGUGAAAAGGACGAAGGCGGCUCCCUGGUUUACAGUGUAGGGAAGAGCAACAACAACAACCUGACCCUACUGGCGAGGUACUGCAAGGACCAUAUUCCCCGUAGCUGCGAUCAUUCUUUGCUCUCCAACGGCACCCGCGCCCCCAGACCAUGCUCUCUAGCCGAGAGUUUCCUAUCCUCGGGAGACUCGCUCACCUUGGAGUUACGCAUCACCCAGUCCACCGCCCUCAGGCCAGUAUCGUUCAGAGCUUUGUACGAGUUCGUGGACCUCCAUCAGGACGGGGAAGCGUACGGGAACGCCCCCUGUUCCCGAAGAUUUACCAGCAGAACCCAGCAUCUUCAGGGGGAGCCCCAGAACUUCACUUCUCCCAGGGAUGUAUUCCUGUUCGGUCGCGGAGGAAACACGAACUUGAGCUGCGUGUACCGGUUCGAAGCGCAACGAGGAGAGAGCGUUCGGAUCACUCUCCACGGCCUCCAGACAGCUAACAGAAGCAGCUGUGUGACCAGAAACAACCCGGACUCCAGCAGACUCCAGUGUGUCGGAAAACGCGACUGCACAUUUGCGGAUCUGGGAGUUCCCUUACCAAGGGACUGUCUUUGCGGGGGGUCCGACCACUUCCUCCCCUUCACAUUCACCUCCACCGCUCACAUCGUGGAGGUCCAUUUUAACCUCUUCCACAUGACCUCCUUCGACGAUUUUCGCUCGCUCAACUUCCACGCCUCCUGGGAGUUUGUCCGAACGCCAGUCUGCACCAGGAAGCAGAGGAUAGCCGGAAUCAGUGGGGAACUCUUGUUUCGGUCGCCCAGCAGGACUCCAGACGAGGGGCACGAGCCAUCGAGUCCAACACCUCUCACCCUGAGGGGCACAGCCCUUGUUUCCACCAAGAACAGAGUUUUGGUUCAUGCCGGAGGAGGGGUUCACGUGCUGGUCUGUCCACUACCAGCAGACACGGAGCGCCACCAUGUGGGGACCAACAGCUUAAAGGUGACUUCCACACCACCACCAGUGGCCGGACAGGCGGGCUGCUUGCAAGGACAGGAUCGCACAAAGGUCACCCAUCCCACAGACAAUAUUUACACCGAGCCCAUGAACGUCUCCCUGGUGCCGACCGUGACUCCACAGCACUACCUGGGAGACCUCAUCGGUGGCACCUUCUGUUCCCGGGUGUUCACCGACUGUAACCGCAAGGACUGCCGCCUCCAGAGUCCCAACUACCCGGGAGUCUACCCGCGUAACCUCACCUGCUACUACGCGAUCCGCCAGCAGGAGGUGCCACCCGGGAAGUACGCCCUUAUCUCCGUACGGCAACCCAAGGGCCAACUGGUGAACAUCAGGAGUCAGGCGGCCCUCUACGCCCGCGCCAACCAACAGCCCAACCAGAGCCGCCAACUCAAGGUAUGGAAGGAUUGCGAUGAGGUCCAAGACUAUGUGACAGUCUACGAUGGAUAUACCACAAGAGAUCCUGUCCUCCUCAAAUUUUGUGGCGGGGGCGUCGCCGUUCCCGAGGCCAUUUCGAGCACUCACGAACUCCUGGUCGAGUUCUCCACAUCGCCAUAUGGCACGUUCCUUUAUCCAUCCCCACCCAUGCCUCUCCAUGGCUUUCAGCUCCAGGUUCAGGUAAAAUUCGUGGACAAGGAGUCACCCAAAUAUUCUCGCAACAAGAGGUGCGAAUUUUGGCUUAAAGGUGCAGGAAAGGGGGUGUUGGAAAGUCCACGGCACUCCCUAUCAGCAAAUACCACCUGCCUGUACCACCUUCAGGGUAUGGAACCGGGCACGCCUCCCCCACCCCGCCACCUGGAGAUGUCGCGCAGGCGCACUCAGGCCCUCGUCCCUUCCCGCUUCAAGGUGUGGCUGGCAGUGCUCAAGUACCAUGUCACCAGCAAUGACGAGCAACAGUGCUCUACGCGUCUGCAGGUCUGGGACGGUAACAUCCGAGCUGCACCUUCCUGUAACGAGAUUUACUGUGAGAAGGACGAAGGCGGCUCCCUGGUUUACAGUGUAGGGAAGAGCAACAACAACAACCUGACCCUACUGGCGAGGUACUGCAAGGACCAUAUUCCCCGUAGCUGCGAUCAUUCUUUGCUCUCCAACGGCACUCGCGCCCCCAGACCAUGCUCUCUAGCCGAGAGUUUCCUCUCCUCUGGAGACUCGCUGACCUUGGAGUUACGAAUCACCCAGUCCACCGCCCUCAGGCCAGUAUCGUUCAGAGCUUUGUACGAGUUCGUGGACCUCCAUCAGGACGGUGAAGCGUACGGGAACGCUCCCUGUUCCCGAAGAUUUACAAGCAGAACCCAGCAUCUCCAGGGGGAGCCCCAGAACUUCACUUCUCCCAGAGAUGUAUUCCUGUUCGGUCGCGGAGGAAACACGAACUUGAGCUGCGUGUACCGGUUCGAAGCCCAACGAGGAGAGAGCGUUCGGAUCACUCUCCACGGCCUCCAGACAGCUAACAGAAGCAGCUGUGUGACCAGAAACAACCCGGACUCCAGCAGACUCCAGUGUGUCGGAAACGCGACUGCACAUUUGCGGAUCUGGGAGGUCUCAUGGAGUACGGCAGUUCCCUUACCAAGGGACUGUCUUUGCGGGGGGUCCGACCACUUCCUCCCCUUCACAUUCACCUCCACCGCUCACAUCGUGGAGGUCCAUUUUAACCUCUUCCACAUGACCUCCUUCGACGAUUUUCGCUCGCUCAACUUCCACGCCUCCUGGGAGUUCGUCCGAACGCCAGUCUGCACCAGGAAGCAGAGGAUAGCCGGAAUCAGUGGGGAACUCUUGUUUCGGUCGCCCAGCAGGACUCCAGACGAGGUGAACUGCGAGGGACAGCCAUGGUUGAUAACGCCGAUGGACGCCAAGUACUUAUACGUCCAACUUCGCGGGACCAUGAUCCAAGGGGCACGAGCCAUCGAGUCCAACACCUCUCACCCUGAGGGGCACAGCCCUUGUUCCACCAAGAACAGAGUUUUGGUUCAUGCCGGAGGAGGGGUUCACGUGCUGGUCUGUCCACUACCAGCAGACACGGAGCGCCACCAUCUGGUAGAGGUGUUUUCCGAGGGAUGGGUGCCUGGACCUCCGACUCGACACGACAUCGGGUACACUGCAGACAGUCCUCAGGCCCGCAGUGUCCUGGUAGAGUUCCUGCCACGAGAGCCUGGACUGUAUUCCGUUACAUGGAUGGAAAUAUCUCGGAGGGCGCUCUACCCACACGCUGACCUGUCUCUGUCAGACUGCCUGCACCGCUGCCCGGAACUGGACGCCUGUAUCAACAGUUCCCUCUGGUGUGACGGUGUCUCCCACUGCCCCUCUGGGUUCGACGAGGCCCUGACUCACUGCCUCUACCUGCUCCAGCUGCCGCCUCUGCACCUCGCCCUCGUGCUCCUGGGGCUGCUCGUCAUGGCGGCCACCCUCCUGUACGUGCUGUGUCGCCUGUGCAGAGCCCGCCACGGCUCCCGCCUCAAGUCCCUCCCCUCCGACACCGAGGCCAUUGUCGGCACCCCUAAAGAGGUCAUUUGCUGACCACCGGACAAUUCUGUGCGCUACGUGGAGGUGGACAGGGUGACCACUGUGUGACCCCUUGACCUCAUCUUCGCCCGUACGGGACCACGACUUGUGAUAUCGCUUCUAUCGCCCACCGUCAGGUCUUAGAUCAAUCGAAAAUAAACGCAGCAAGUUGACUGUCAGAAGCAAGAAUAUACGUUGUAAAAUUGCCCAUUGACUAUAUUAUGAUUUCGUACACUAAUAACUCAAAAAUUCAUAGUUUAAUUUUAUUUCAACAUACUCCUUCACAUGUGUAAUACUAAUUAGAGAACCCGGAGAUAUUCUUGCUUUUUCCAGUCACAUGAUCGUAUUUAUCCCGGUCACCUAAUUUCUUUUUACAUGCUACAGUUUUAUAUCUAUUAUUUUUCCCCACGACAACCUUCAAAAACUGGUCUGUAGUAAUCAUAAUCACACUUACUGAACCAAUACAUAUUAAUCUUAAUUUUAAGAAGACUUUUAUUGGACUUUCUCUAUUUGUGAAAAUGUUUGCAAAGUCUAAAUCCUAUAUUAUAUUAAAACAUUUAAAAUAAUACUUUUAUAAUAAUACCAUGUAAAUUAUAAUAUUUUUUGUGGGAGUGUUAUUGACUGAGUGAUAAUGAAGCUUUAAAUUCGAGAUGCUGGUAAAAUGUCAUUUCUGUCUGUCUGUCAGGAUGAUUGUAGCUUGCCAUUCCACAGGUUUGGCUGAGCGUUAGUCACAUUUAAAAUUACUCUUAAAAAUUCGAUAAAAUCGCUGAAUGAAUAAAUUUAUUAACAAAGUGAGUAUAAUCAUAUGACAUUUUAAUAUGUGGCAUGGUGCCACAAGUAAGGUAUCAAAGACAACGCCGAGCGUGGCUGGUGCUUGGAUGGGUAAGAACUGAGAUAUCCUGUUCUUGCAAGCAGUCCGCCUGCUCGGCCAUUGGUGGAAAUUAGGAAGUCAAUUUUAAUAUGAUGGUUUACAGGCUGUCAGUAAGGGCUUUUUGGCCCUAACUUGAAAUUACAUACCAUAUGAUAUAAUUAAUUUUACUGCAAUUGUAUAUACGUAUUUUUCCUUGAAAUUUAGUUUUCAACCCCACCUGGUGCUGAUAUUACCCUUUCUACCACUAUUCCCACCUCUGUCGCACAAAUAGGUUUUUGAAGGUUAUCAGCUACGCACAUACCAUAGUUUUAACAUAUAUCGCUCCCAGCGGGCAAGUCUUGGCUGUGACCUGUGGGUAUAACGCCGGUCCACCUCAGCGCGCAGAAUUGUCUACAGACUAUAGUAACGAAUUUUGUACAGACAAUAUAACAAAUUUACUAGUGAUGUUAUUGUACGAGCAAACGAUUUGACUACUGUUAGAAUGUAAGUAUUAGACUCGUCAGUCGAGACAUUGUUGUGAGUCAAAGCGUAUUUUUAUACUCAUAUUGUUGUGAGUAGAUAUCCCCCGCCUUGAACACUAGAUGGGCUUUCAUGAGAGGGAAAAAUUCCCUCGGGUGCGGGAAAUUUCCCUCAUUUAUCAAUCCGUUUUUACGUUAAUUCCACCAAUUUGAUCACCGUGAGGCAGAAUCGAGUGAUAUUUUAACUUAUGUUUGUUCGCGCCAGAUUAUACUCGUCCCCCACUAAUCCGCCAUUCCUGCCUCACGAAGAAUAAAUGUUACCAAACAAGGUGAAUAUGCAACUAUCCAAUAGAUUCAAAAACGUCCAAUAGUUUAAAUAAACUUUCCCAAAAUUACCUAUCUCAAAUAUUGUGAGAGUAAGAAGGGAAUUAAUGAAUAAAUGAGGCAGAGGGAUUUUUUCCAAACCUGAGGGAAUUAUUACCUCCCUUUAAAGUUCAUGUUAUUGAUCAAAGCAUGGGGUGUCUACUAUUGUGUUCAGUGGCAGAAUAAAGAAUGGUUGUUUUAUGAAAGAAAAUUAUUUAAAAAACUGCUUAUAUUUUAUUGACAUUUACAAAUUAAUUAUUUAUUAGUAUACACAGAUAAGUCAUCUAC